AUGCUAUAUAGCAAAGAAGGCCAACAGGCUAUUAAUGCCGGGACUGACUACCAUCGCGAUAUCUCACAUUACUAUGAUAUCAAUGAGGCGGUCGCCACGGCGAGCCCUUACCUGAUCUCUGUUCUAGCCUACGGGACCGAUUUCCUCUACCAGCAAGGCAUACUAUGCUACUGUGCCGGCCAGGAGAUUCGCUUACACGAUGUGCACCAGGCAGACCAAGCCGAACGUGUGGUCAAUUUCCACAGUGUUCUCUGGCGCUUGGUGCCGACUUUGAGGGGCUUUGAUCCCACGCAAUCGGUGAAAUUAGUCCACUACUGCGAUGAUGUUCUUGCCUUCCGUGUCUUGAGUAAUACAAACAUCGAAGACACCAUGGAUUCUCUCUUCGCCAUGGAUGUCGUAUAUCGACAUGGCACCUCCCGGCGAAAGCGGCUGCUACUACGAGCGGAAGUGCCGACUGGAGCGCCAAUUUUCGUGCGUGGCGACCGAUCCUGUAUUUGGUACGGCCACUCGACUGUUGUCAACUCCAACGAGGGUGGACCCUGGCAGAUUCAUGUCAUCGACCUUCUCCCAAACCAAACCAUUGAUUACCCCUUAGACCGGAGGCUGAAAGGCGAUCUAAGGGAGACUGUAUGUUUCGAAGUUUACGAUGAGACUUUAAAGAGGCAGCACCAAUCCUCCUGCGGGCAAUUAUGGCGCCGGGAAAAUAGCGAGGGACCUAUCGACGACUCAUGGACCAAUUUGUCUAUGCGUCUUGACGAGGUGACCGGUCGACCUGUAAUAGUUGAGUGUCACCGAGAAUGGCCUGGUGGGAAGAGCGAUAGUCGACGCACUUGUUACAUCGGACCUCUUCCUACGCCAGAAGAAGCGCUCAACAGAGAGACCGACAUCUCAUGGAGCCACCUUGACCCAGUCGAGACUGCCUCCGAAAUAUUCAGCGGGUACCCCGAUCAACGGUCAUGUCAUUCUUAUCAUACCGAGUUCGGCCACGCAUGUGAUCAAGACUUCCAACGGGAAUUCACUACUGCGCGAACCAAGUUCCACACUUACCAUCUAUCGGCGGCAACAUCUCUAGAUCUCGUCAACGACCCUGUAACCGAAGAAACCCAAUCUCGAGACUUUUUCCGCAUACGAGCAGUUUCCAGAACGCCAAGGGGCUCAACCGAUGAUGAGAAAGGAGUAGUUUUGCCGUUUAAAAAACGAACUGGCGUCGACGGUCGGCCCAUCCAUGGCCGAGAACAGCGAUUUAGUAGCCAAGGUGUCCGUCUUUGGCCAUCGAACGAUUCACGCUCCGGUGUUAUCAGUCUUUUUUGUCCAGGCACGAUAACCGGUACCGUGAGCGCGUUUCGGAUGAGCGAUCCAUGA